AUGGCCGCCCCGGCGCCAGUCGGCCCCUCGGGCUCCCGCCGUCCUCCGCUGGCCGCCGGCCUCCGGCUGCUGCCGCUGCUGGGGCUGCUGCAGCUGCUGGCUCAGCCCGGCCUGGGCCGCGUCCACCACCUGGCGCUCAAGGACGAUGUGAGGCAUAAGGUUCAUCUGAACACCUUUGGAUUCUUCAAGGACGGGUACAUGGUGGUUAAUGUCAGUAGCCUUUCAGUGAAUGAACCUGAAGGAGCCACAGACAAGGACACAACCAUUGGAUUCAGCCUGGACCGUACAAAGAAUGACGGGUUUUCUUCCUACCUGGAUGAAGAUGUGAAUUACUGUAUUUUAAAAAAAAAGUCCAUCUCCGUCACCCUUCUAAUCCUAGACAUCUCCAGAAGCGAGGUGAGAGUAAGAUCUCCACCAGACGCUGGUACCCAGCUACCAAAGAUCAUCUUCAGCAAGGAUGAGAAAGUCCUUGGCCAGAGCCAGGAGCCUGGUGUUGACCCUGUUCCAGCGGGCAACCAGACUCAGCAGAAACGAGACGGUGGAAAGUCUAAAAGAAGUACGGUAGAUUCCAAGGCCACGGGAGAAAAAUCCUUUUCUGUUCACAAUAGCGAUGGGGCAGUUUCUUUUCAGUUUUUCUUUAACAUCAGCACCGAUGACCAAGAAGGCCUCUACAGUCUUUAUUUUCACAAAUGCUCCGGGAACGAAUUGCGGUCUAGCGACGAGCUCUCCUUCAGCCUUGAUAUUGAGAUCACAGAGAAGAACCCUGACAGCUACCUCUCGGCAGGAGAGAUCCCUCUCCCUAAAUUAUACAUCUCUAUGGCCUUUUUCUUUUUCCUUUCUGGGACCAUCUGGAUUCACAUCCUUCGAAAACGACGGAAUGACGUAUUUAAAAUUCACUGGUUGAUGGCAGCCCUUCCUUUCACCAAGUCUCUUUCCCUGGUGUUCCACGCGAUCGACUACCAUUACAUCUCCUCCCAGGGCUUUCCGAUCGAGGGCUGGGCUGUCGUGUACUACAUCACUCACCUUUUGAAGGGGGCACUGCUGUUCAUCACCAUCGCGCUCAUCGGCACCGGCUGGGCUUUCAUUAAGCACAUCCUCUCCGACAAAGACAAGAAGAUCUUCAUGAUCGUCAUCCCACUGCAGGUUCUGGCAAACGUGGCCUACAUCAUCAUAGAGUCCACCGAGGAGGGAACGACGGAGUAUGGCCUGUGGAAGGAUUCUCUGUUUCUGGUAGACCUGCUGUGCUGUGGGGCCAUCCUCUUCCCCGUGGUGUGGUCAAUCAGGCAUUUACAAGAAGCGUCAGCCACAGAUGGAAAAGCUGCUAUUAACUUAGCAAAGCUGAAACUUUUCAGACACUAUUACGUCUUGAUCGUAUGUUACAUAUACUUCACCAGGAUCAUUGCAUUUCUCCUCAAACUCGCCGUUCCGUUCCAGUGGAAGUGGCUGUACCAGCUCCUGGACGAAACGGCCACGCUGGUGUUCUUUGUCCUAACGGGAUGUAAAUUCCGUCCAGCCUCAGACAACCCCUACCUGCAGCUCUCUCAGGAGGACGACCUGGAAAUGGAAUCAGUAGUGACGACGUCAGGGGUGAUGGAGAAUAUGAAGAAAGUCAAGAAGGUGACCAAUGGGUCGGUGGAGACCCCAGGCGACUGGGAAGGCACCGCGUGA